AUGCCACUCUUCGGCAAGAGCAACAAGUUCAAGGCGAAUCCUCCCAAGAUACGAGUUGAGAAAGUCACUGUCAACCGUCCCGCUUCGAAGCCCCCGUCUACCAGCGCUGUCAAGUCUGCGGUCCCCUCUUCCAACCGAUCUCUCGGGUCCAACUCGGCCCGCGCAUCGCCCAGGCCAGCGUCGCUGCGACAAGAAAGUCACUCGCCGUACCCCUCCAGCUCCGAUGAGCGCAAGCGCAAGCGCGCAGUGAAAACGCCGUCAGCGCGCGCAAGCCCCGCUGUGGUGGAGCGCCCGGCCUUCGACAAGGACAGCGACGCGGAAGAGGACGAUGGGUGGCUCACACUAGAGACUAGGAAGCGACAGAGAAAGGCGCGAGAGGAGGACUCGAGUCGCAAGUUGAAGAAUGAGCGGUCGUUUGAGGAUGGCUACGGGAAGCUUGAGUAUAUCCAUGCUGUGGAUGUUGCCUCGCUCGAGUGCAAGUGCGUGCCGGUCAUGGGCGCUACAGAGCAUGAUGUCGCAAUAGAGCUGCAAUACCCAUGUUUAGGCCCACGCGAGAAGUUUCAACUGGUCUGGGCUAAAGACAAGAUCGACGCGGUCGAGGCGAGCACGCGUAUUGUGCAGUUGAUAGCUGAGAACUACUUGACCGAAGCCGAAGCCGAGCCCUUUACAAACCAAUCGACCGGCCUGAUACGACGACUGGAGAAAGCCUCCAACCGCAAUGUGCAAGACCUGAACGGCUUCAAGGCUGCCCUGGAGGAGUACAAUCGAACUUUGUUAGAUCUCGUAGAAGACGGCAUCAUCGCAAAGAAUCUCGAGAACAAACACGAACUGCCCCGUCACCUCGUUGCUUUCAUCCUCGACCAGAUAUACGACCGGACUGUGGCCCCCAGCGUCGAGCUGUUGUCCAAGUACGAGAACGGUACCGACUAUGUCUAUGGCGAGCUCCUGCACCCCUUCAUUUCCAAGAUCUUGGUCGACGACCUCAAGAUGACGUGCAAGCAAGUCAUGGUUGAUUUGGGCUCGGGUGUUGGCAACGUUGUCCUGCAGGCCGCGUUGGAGAUUGGAUGUGAGAGUUUCGGGUGUGAGAUGAUGGAGAAUGCCUGCAACAUGGCCGAAGCGCAGCAGAAGGAGUUUGAGGCGCGCUGCGUGCUCUGGGGUAUCCAGCCUGGCGCUGUGCGCCUUGAGCGAGGUGAUUUCCGCAAGAACACCAUCAUCACCGAUGCCCUGAAACGCGCCGACGUGGUGCUCGUCAACAAUAAGGCGUUCACUUCUCAGCUCAACGAUGAUUUGGUGCGCAUGUUCCUCGAUCUGAAGCCUGGCUGCAAGAUCGUAUCGCUCAAGUCGUUUGUCGCCGACUCGAGCUACAACAUCAACGACGUGGGCAGUACCAUCCUCGACGCAGAGGAGAAGACAUAUCCAGAGGGAUACGUCAGCUGGACGAAUGCCGGUGGAUCAUACUACAUUUCAACACGGAAAUAG